GUCAAGCUCCCAUGUUCUUCAAAACUCUGUUUCUACUCAUCAACUCAAAAUCUCUCUGUUUCUCCACUUUCAUUCUCUAUCAAUCAGUUUUUGCUGCUUCAGCUCACUAUCUUCGACGACGAUCUUCCCUACGCAGUGCAGCCUUUCUUGAAGUUCUGUAAUUAUGGCCAGCAGUAGCCAGAACGGGAUUCAGCUCUUGUUAUCUGCAGAGCAAGAAGCUCAGCACAUUGUGAAUACUGCUAGAACUGCAAAACAAGCUAGGCUGAAGCAGGCAAAAGAAGAGGCCGAGAAGGAAAUUGCUGAAUUCCGUGCUCAAAUGGAGGCGGACUUUCAGAAUAAGGUUGAGGAGAGCAGUGGAGACUCAGGUGCCAAUGUGAAGCGCCUUGAGCAAGAAACUGAUGCAAAGAUCGAUCAUCUGAAAACAGAGGCUUCAAGAAUUUCUCAUGACAUUGUCUCCAUGCUUCUAAGGCACGUGACAACCGUGAAGAACUAAGCUCGUGUUCGAGCUUGUUCUAUUGGUGCAGUUCUUGCCCAUUUCUUGAAGAAGACUCGUUUCCAUCAUUUUCUAUUACUAUGAAUAGUGUCAUUCUUUGUCUCUUUACUGGGCUAUAUUGAGAUAUUGAACCAAUAAAUUGUUUGUGCUAAAUUAAAUUGCAACGAGGCUUGUUGUAGAGUGUGAAAUUUGAGUUCGGAUUUGGUGUCGUUGUGAGGUUUGGCGUCGAAUAAUGGGUCUCGUAGAUGUUACACCCGAUGAAAUAAUAUAUGUACUAUGUUUUAUCUCUA